AUGGUAGUGCCAAAUACGAAAGGCACUCGCAACCGAUGGCAACGUUGCAAGCAGGGAGUCAUCAUCGGUUUGGUGUUCAUUCUCCUCCUGAUUAUAUUGCCUCAACAGGAACGAUUGGAACUUCAAGAACUGACAAACGAAUUCUUGUCGGCUUCCAAGCCUAGUGUCGUUGAUAGUAGUCUGACGAUUACAGCCAAGGUGGCGAAUAAUAUUACCAUGCAACGACCACAACAGGGUGAUGAGAGUAUCCAAGAUACUACUACCACUACUACUACGACUACGACUACGACGCCAGUGGAGGUGGAAGGAUGGCGAAAGACCUUACCCCUUGCCAACUUUACAGCUACCACCGAUACUCAAUACGAGGUUUGCUUUGUCACAUCCGUCUAUGCCUCUUUUCUCCAACAAGCCGAUCGGCCACCAACAGUGCAAGCGAUACAAGACCAGAACCCAUCCUUUCGAUUUUUUGCCUUUAGUAACUUGCCAAAUUUGGAGGCGCCGGGAUGGAAGUUGCGUGUCAAAAUACUAGAUCAAUAUUAUAAGCGUCAAAUUACCCAGAGUCGAUGGGCCAAGUUCAUGGCGUGGGAGGAUCCUGAAAUCUCAUUGUGCCAAGCAGUGAUUUAUAUGGAUGGAUUUUGUCGGCCCAAGGCAAAGCAUGCCGAGCGAUACAAGCGAAUGGCCAAGGCCAUUGUCGAUUCCCCACAAGGUCUCUUUCAAAACAAGCACGAGGUCAACAAGGGACCCAUGCACGAAUUGAAUCGCAUUCUGACCAAGAAAAAGGAUAUACUCCCAAAUGUACAAGCCUCCAAAGCCUGGCUGUUGCAACAACCAGAUUUUGAUGAUGCCAAGAUUCCCAUGUAUGUCAACACCUUUAUUGGGUACAACCCAAAGAAUGAACACUUUCGGCAAGUGGCUCGAUUCUUUUGGGAUCGGUAUUCACUCGAAUUGGAUUCGUGGAGGGAUCAACCAUUGUGGUCGUAUGCCUUGCACAAGCACAAGAUGCAUCCGACUCGACUGGGAACCUACAAGAUGCUCUUCCAGCAAGUCUUUCGAAACAUGGGUCAUGCGGGACACCGGUACAACAAAAGGGCAGACUCGAAUGCACAGACGACUUUGGACACCAACUAG